ACGCCACUGUAAACUCUCGAGCGCACCUUUCAAUCCCUCAAAAUCAGAAACUUGCCUUUGUAGCAUGAGAUAUGUUUUCUAUCGUAAGGCUUCUAUAUGUCUUGGAUAUUCUUGUUAGGCCAAAAUUGAAAUUUCCAAGUAUUCAAGUAAGUCUAAAUUAACAAAAAAUCAUGGUCGCUUGAUCAUGCACUCAGAGUUUAACGUUUAUGGUUUUGAAAGGCGUUAAUUGAAUCAACUGUAGACAUAAAUGACCAACGGUGAGUAUAUAAAAUCUUAUACACCUAUUUUUUCGGUUGACGAGUAUGCACAAAUUAAAUGGGAUACACCGUGUCAUACAGUCAGCCAAAUUAGUUCGGAGCUGAAACGAAGUAUUGUUCAGAUAUAAUUGAUGUUGCUUUAAUUCUUUGUCUUGAUUUUAUCCAUACUAUUAAAUGCAAAGCUAUUGAAAGUUCAUCAAUCAGUAGAGUCCAGCGUUUGCCGAUGAUUGUUGACGGUUGAAGUUUACAGAGUAUAAAUUUCAUCUCAUUCAAGGAGCCAGGAAUUACGAAUCAGUAGCAUAUUGUUAGCGAUGUUUUGCAGAUUUUGGAUUUACCUGUUUUGUAUCUGUUUCGCGGUGAUGGUGUUGGUCAGAGGUGCUAGUCAGGAUAAAGGAAAGCCGACUUGUGGUUCUCCAGGUAUACCAGGUAUUCCUGGUGUUCCAGGGAGUCCCGGUCGAAACGCCGGGCCUGGGCCAGCUGGACCCCCUGGACCAAAAGGAGAGCCCGGGAGGCCUGGAAGGAGUUCGUACACGUCAGAUUUAAACUGGAAACAAUGUGUUUGGAAACGGGACGAUCACAAAGACAUAGGCUUGAUACAGAAUUGUGUCUUCAACAAGAGAUACGAUAACACAUCGCUUCGUGUAUUUUACGAAGGAGCAUUCCGAUCCCAUGGCACUAGUCUCUGCAGUCGAUGGUAUUUUACAUUUGAUGGCGCAGAAUGUGCAAAACCAGCGACUAUUGAAGGAGUUGUUUAUGUUCAAUCAACUCACGUCAACCCUAUUCGUCCGCGCCAUAUCGAAGGCUUCUGUGACCAGGUUCCUAAAGGUCAUGUACGCGUGGGAUUCUGGAUAGGCAAGUGUGAGCGUAGAUAUACCCUCGGAGAAGGUCUUACUGGUUGGAAUUCUUUAUCCCGUAUUGUGAUCGAAGAGGUGCCACCUCCUCAAAAUUGAGUUGACGAAACCGUUCCUUACUUUCACUAGUUUCACCUUAAUUUAUAUCUUUUAUAUGAGUAGGAACAUUUCUUUGUGAUCCUUUAACAGUAAAAGUAAUAACUUGCCGUAUAUCAUAUACAGAGUCUCCCAGUAAAAGCGGAACUCGCAUAUGUGAACUUCUAUUCACAUUGACGUAAUUAUUUUUCACAAAAGUUUAAAACUUAUCAAAGCUAUGCCUCUGAGAGUUCGCAUGUUUUGAUCUCCUAGAGGCAUAGCUUUGUUAAGUUUUAAACUACUAGGACACCUUGUAUAUCAUUUAACUCGAUAUAUCAUUUUCUUUGUUCCCGUCUGGCACUCUACACAUGCCCUCAUUCCAAUGGAUUGAGUGAAGUGGAAAAAAAGCUAUUCAAAUAUAAGACAGGACUUCCAGGUCAUAUAGAGACUGUGUUCCAACGUGAUGGUUAAUGAUGUCAAACGUAAUUUAGAAACUUAUAGUCACUGAUUAUCAAAAUGUCGCUUAUAGUAAUUACAAAGGCAGUUCCGCGCGUAAACAGAGCUUUGAAAUUAUGCUUAAUGUACCUUCGAACUACGUUAUAAUUUUGUUAAGUCGAUUGCUAAAAGAGUAAAUCACUAUUUUUCAACCAAUUGAAAUAUUUUGGAAACAUAUAACCAGCGACUACAAUGCACUUAUA